CCUCCAUGUUUACGUAGAGUGCGUGAAUGCGGUAGUGGAGUCCUGGCUGUAGGUUGACGUUACAGAGAUCUGUGUACAGACAGAACCCCUACCAGCCACACCAGCGGGGGCCGUGGGGUCUACCAAGGAGAGCCCGAGGCGGGUUCAACCAGCAUGGGGAACCGAGACAGCGGCUGCGGCGGAGGGAGCGGCGACGAGGAGGACAUGGAGACGGAGAGUCCCGGUUUCGCGGAAGACAACCUGGCCUCUGCGGCCAUUGGCGGAGCCGUCGGAGGCACCGGUUCAGGGAGAAACGGAAGAGGGUCCAAUAACCCCCCCGCGGCCACCGAGGGACCCCCCAGCCCCGCGGUCCUCUUAGAACAAGUGAAACUCAGAGAGGCGGCCGCCCGUGUCAGCGACUCGGGGGUCACCAUUCACGAGUCCGUCCUGUCCGGGAACGAGGGCGUCCUGAUCCGGUGGCUGGAGGACCGGCUGAACCGCGGCGAGGAUUCCGUCAAUGUUGAGCAGUUCUGUGAAAUGCUGGAGAGCAGAGAUGCUCCCAGGAAUGAAUGCGAGGAGGCGUUUGGACAGUUUGAUGCAGAGGGGGAUGGAGUGGUGGACAUAGAGACCAUGCUGAUUGCACUAAAGAACUCCAAUGGAGCUAAUCUACAGGGAGAACUGAGUCAUGUGAUAAGACAGCUCCAGGCGUGUUCCCUAACACCAGGUUUUGUCGACAUAUUUUCGAAGAGCAAAGACAGAUUAGGAUCUCACGCCUCGAAGAUCCUCAAAUUCCUACACAGGAACCGUAUUCCCAGCAGUGCCAUCCCUUUCCCCAUUUUAGAGGGCUACAACAGCAUCUGCACCAUGAGGUCCAGUGUGGUUCAAGACUUCUUGGAGUUCCUCCUGCAGAAGGAGAAAGAUUUAGAUAUUCAGUACAGAGCAGCGCUCGACCGUGAUCCGGAUGUAGAUAAGGUCAAGGUGGUCACCCAGUGCUAUAGCACUAUAGAAGCUUCCUCCAAUGUCCCUGAUGUCUAUAAGAUGACCAACGGAGAAACGUCAUCUUUCUGGCAGUCGGACGGCAGCGCCCGCUCACACUGGAUACGGCUGAAGAUGAAACCAGAUGUGGUUCUGAGGCGUCUGGCUAUAGCCGUGGCUUCCAACGACCACAGCUACAUGCCUCAGCUGGUCUCGGUAUCUGUGGGGAAGACACGGCGCUCCCUGCAGGAGAUCAGAGACAUCCGUAUACCCAGCAACGUCACGGGCUACGUGGCUCUGUUAGAGAACGCCAACAUCACCCACCCCUACGUCCAAAUCAACAUCAAGCGAUGCCUGAGUGACGGAUGCGACACGCGCAUCCACGGGUUGAAGACGCUGGGUUACCAGAUCACCAAGAGCAAAGAGGUGUCCGUAUCGGACGCCUCGGCCAUCUGGUACCUGUCUCUGCUCACCUCUUUGGUCACCGCGUCCAUGGAUACCAACCCCGCCCUGGCUCAAACCGUGCUCCAAAUCACACAGAAAGCCUUGCAGCACAUGCCUCCACUGUCGCUGACGCCAUCCUCCACUGAGUUCCCCAAGUUCUUCUCCCUAAACAUACUGGAGGAGGUGGACGGCUUUCUCCUCCGGAUCGCAAACUGCUGUGUGAGCCCCGAUGCAGAGAUGACUCUCUUGGCUUUUGCUCUGGCCAGAGGCAGUGUGGCCAAAAUCCUCCAGGCCCUGUCCUGCAUCAGCGAUCAUCUCCAGAUCAAGUACAAGGCCUCAUCCGUCAUCCUCUCCAUGGCUUCUGUUAGGCUCCGGUUGCUUUACUGUAACGGGAAGCCGCUCCAGCUGCACCUGCAGGCCUGUGACGUCAAAAGUAAAGAGGAGAAGUCAGGCCCAGAGAACAUGCUUAGCGAUUCUUCUACCGGAGAUGGUUUUCUCACAGAAAGCGGCAGGAAGAAAGCCAGCGUGAUCCUGUCCACGGAGGACCAGAGCAACUUCCAGGUCACUCAGAUGAAGAUCAAAGUGCGGAAAGGAGCCAUUGGGGCCAAGUGUGGCUUGGUGUUCGCCUACAUGGAGGACGACUCCUUUGAUGCAGAGAAACAUUUCAAGAGGUUCAAAAAGUACGACUCGUGGAACUACAAGGACUACAAGGAGUUUGUACAGGACAGUGGGAGGAUGUCAGCGCAGAAUGAGGAUGAGCCGAUCGGCUGGUUUGAGCUGGAAGAGGACUGGAAUGAUGUGGAGAUCAAGCUGCAGCAGUGCCGCGUCGCCAAGUUCCUGAUGGUGAAAUUCCUCUGCACCAGGCAGGACUCAGCCGAGCGGCUCGGUGUGCAGAACCUCAGCUUCAGUGGCUACCUUUGCCCCGGAACAGAGAGGCUGGUUGACCUGGACGACCUCAGCAGCCAGGGGGAGAGUCUGGAUCAUGAUGCUGUCUCUGGCCUUUGUCUAUUAAACAAGACACUUUUCUUCAUACAGCAGCUCACACGAGACACGGAUGCCUCACACUUCAAGCAGAAGUAUCUUCUGGACUUCGGUGGUCUCAGCCUUAACCUUUUCUGGAACUUCUACAAUAAACUCAGGGAGAUUGAAGGAGAGGAGGUGUUGAAAAGCAGAGUUCUCCUGCUUCAGUUGAUGCAGAACUGUUUCCCCAUGCUGCCCAACCCCACGGAGCCCCAGGACACAGAGGGGAGUAAAGACCCAGAGGAAGGAGCCUCUGCAGAAGCAGGUCCAUCAGUGUUUAGCAGCAGGGAUCCUCCGGGUCCCUCUGAGGCCGUAUCAGAGCUCUACGCUCACCUCUGUCACAUUGUUGACGGUCCAGAGGGAGAGACGACAAUGGAGAAGAUUUUACACAAAGAAGCGGUUAAGGCCAUUCUGAAUGGAGCUGCUGUUUUCUUCCCCGAUAAACUCAACAGGCGGGACAAACUCUUUCACAUGAUGAAAAAUAUAAGUGAGGACGAUCAGCCAGAGUCUGUGAAGGUGACAUUUGAAUCUCUUUGUAAUUAUUUCAGUAACCAGGAUCCCAGCGGCCUUCUGCUGCUGCCGCCCAAAGGAGCUCCUUCAGACUUCGACAUCAGCCCCAUACUGUUAGUCAUGGAGACGCUGCUGCUUGUCGCCUCCAGAGAGUGUGAGGUUCUGAUGGUGGAUGGGAGGACUGGAGCCAGCAGGACAGUGCUGCUGUCCUUGUUCUGGGCGCUGCAGGGUAGCUUGCUCUCCUGGUGCUACCUGCAGCUCAACAGUGGAACCUCCACAGCUGCUGCUUCUGAGCUGGCCAGAGACAUCCUCCUAAAAUAUGUGGAUCAGUUCCUUGGAAGUAUCAGUGCUGUGCUGGGUUCCCUCCUUGAAAGGUUCACCAGCAGUGAAAUUACAGACAAACUGGGCAGCUCCAUCCUGGCCACAGUCUUCAGACAGAUGAUGAUUUUCCUCCUGGAGCUGUGUUUUUUGGACAUCCCUCACAGUGUGCUGCUGAAGAGCUUCUCCUCGCUGGUGGAGCUCGUCAAAAAACUGUCAAGUGACACGGGAGACAUCUUCUCUAAGGUGGAUCAAGAAAGCUCGCACCAGCCCCAGAAGCCGGUGGUGCUCAGGACCUGGAACAUGGAGUCCCCUCACAACUACGAGAACAGCCGACAUGAGACCACCGUCUUCGCUUGUCCCGGUGCAACCUCCUUCGAGGUGGAGUUUGAUGAACGCUGUGAGACAGAGAAGAGAUAUGACUAUCUAGAAUUCACCGACUCCAGAGGCGGGAAGGUGCGCUACGAUAUGAAGGUUGGAAGUGAAAAAUGGCCAAAGAAGGUGACGUUCGACACUGGCCGUCAGCUGCAGUUCUUGUUCCACUCCGAUAGCAGCAAUAAUGAGUGGGGUUACAAGUUCACUGUGACGGCGCUGGGUCUGCCAGAUAUCACCAUUUCCUGGAUGUCAGACCUGCAGCUGCUGGUGGCUCGUCUCAUGGGUCGCCUGGCAUCCAGAACCCUGGCGCUGAAAUCCCCCCACGAGAUCCGCAGUGUGAAGGAGCUUCCUCCAGGAAAGAUGUUACACGUUCAGGCUUCACCUUUAUGGAAGCCCAUCCUGCGACACGGCUUGUGUGAAACACGGGACAGGAACCCGACGAGAACAGCCCCUGAGCAGUCGGACGCAUCAAGUUCAGAUGAGAUGUUGUUCUUCCUGGAGGACUUUGCCCGUUGGAACCCUUCACAGGAACCAUCAGACCACAAAGCAGAGCUAAUGCGGACCCUCGUGCAGGCUUGCAGAAAGCACCCAAUGAGCAGUGAGAUUGUGGCGGGAUCAAAGGUGGACCAGGCUGUGAACGCCAUCUGGGCGGCCAUGGUUUACCACACGCCGGCCCUCAACCAGGCGCUGAAGGCAUACGUUAAUCAAGAUUGCAAGUCCUUUCUGUGUGAAGAAUUUGUGCAGGUUUACCUUCUGGCUGACAGCAUCAGAACCUGGAUGCUGGAGAUGAAGCAGCGAUACCUGGUCGGCAAAAUGAACACAUAUGAUGAUAAAGAAGGCAGUCAGGAAGAGGUUACCAUAGACUCGCUGGCUGAGAUGUGCAUCGAGAAGAGCCUCUUGCUGUUUCGUUUUGCCCCGUGUGGAAGAUCCUGUCAGGGUGGCGAGCCGUCUAAAGCGCCAGAGGGCAGCGUCUCUCCGCUGCUCCGCUCCAAAUCCGUGUCAGAAGGAGACUUCCAGCCCAGCACCUCACUGGGUCCGCAGCCGGGCCUACCUGACGACGCCAGGCAGGGACAGAACCAGCCGAACCCUGAGAACCACAGGGGAGGCCAUGGCGAGCUCUCAGAGGGUCUCCCCUCCCAGCCCAAGGAGCCGGCCUCCCCCUCCACUUUCCCCCGUAAAGCACCGUUCAGUCGCUCUCGCCUUCGCCUCCUCUCCUGCCGCUCCCUUGAGGAUUCCAACAUUGUCCCCUCUGUCAAAGAGCGCUACCCGAUCCUGAAACACAUCCUGAACUUCAUGAAGGAUCAGGCUCUCACUACAGCAAGCAUCCUCCACACCCUGGCCCUGAACACAGCGCAGGCCCUGAGUGUGUGCAAGGUGCUGGAGACGAUUCAGCAGUGUCUGCGUUCUCUGGGGCAGCCGCACCUCUUCCAGCCUCCCUGCAUCCUGUUCCUGCAGGAGCUGCUGGCGUGUCAGAAGGACUUCACCAGUUAUUUCUCUCAGUUAUCGGACAGCGGGGAGAAACUGGGAGAGGAGGUCAGACGCUCUUACCACCAGCUGGUUCUCAUGCUGGUGGAGGCCAUGCAGGCUUUCAACGAUCUCAACGAGAAAGCUCUGCUCCCAGCCCUGUCGUGUGUGCAGAGCUGCUUUCUGCACCUCCUAGACAUGAACUGGGAGGUGCAGGACCUGCCUCUCUUCCUGAGCAUAAAGCUUCCAGACCUCCUUUUCGCCAUGUCCCAGGAGAACAUCAGCGUUCACGACAUCGCCAUCAGUCAGUGGACAGAGGAGGACGAAAUCGCAGACUACAAGAAGAACCAGGAAUGGAUGGAUGAGUGUAUGGAUGGCAUGUUUGAAAAGUGGUACGACAAGAUCGAUGAAGAGGACUCCAUGGAGGACAGGAGGAAGAUGCACAUGUUCAUCGCCCGCUACUGUGACCUACUGAAUGUGGUGAUCUCCUGUGAUGGCUGUGAGAGGAUGGCUCCCUGGCAUCGUUAUAGAUGUCUGCAGUGCAUGGAUAUGGACCUCUGCAAGACCUGCUUUCUCAGUGGAGCCAAGCCUGAGGGCCACGAGGAUGAUCAUGAAAUGGUCAACAUGGAGUACGCCUGUGAUCACUGCCAGGGCCUGAUUGUUGGCAGCAGGAUAAACUGUAACGUCUGUGAGGACUUUGACUUGUGCUUCGGUUGCUACAAUGCAAAGAAAUAUCCUGACAGCCACUUGCCCACCCAUCGCAUCACCGUGUAUCCUAUGGUGACCAUACGGAUCAGCGACCGCCAUCGCCUCAUCCAGCCUUACAUCCACAACUACUCCUGGCUCCUGUUUUCCGCUUUGUCUCUGUAUACGUCUGAGCUGAGCAGUGAGAGGCAAGUGGAGGGAGAAUGUUUGGACGGCAGAGCCCUGGAGCUGGCUUCAACGCUGCAGACUCAAUGCUCCCAACUUAUCACCGACUGCCUGCUCAAAGGUCAGACGGGCAAAGGCCUCCGCUCCUCCAACUUGCUUGCUCUGCUGUCCUCUAAUGAAUCGGUGUCAGAGAGCGAGCUGGGUCCGGCAUCUCCUCAGACCUCCCAGGAGCUGAGUUCAGCCACAGAUGCCUCCUCGCUUCCAGGCAGCACCGCAGCAGUCUGCUCUCCCUCGUCUCCUAAGGAAAAGCUAAAGGACAAAACUGCAGAGGAGCUGAGUAUUCCUCCUGACCUACCCAUGCAACCAGAUGGAGAUAAAAAGCAGCUGGUUGCUCAGGACACCUUAGACUCAGCGUCAGGAUCAGGACCAGGGACACUCAACUCCCCGGCAUCAGAUGUUGUCAAGGAGACGGAUGAGAGGCUGCCGCAGGUUCCCCUGCAGGAGCACGUGUUUUCUGAGUGCUCCAGAGAGAGGAUCGUAGGACUGCUGGCAGCCAUGCUCCCAUCAGCAAAGCCAGACAGCAGCCUCAGUCUGUCCAGCCUGAGCUCCAUCCUGCCGCACCUUUUCAGAGCAGUUAUCUCCAACGCCGGCUCUCUGAACGAGACCUACCAUCUCUCCCUCGGCCUCCUGGGUCAGCUGCUACUUCGAAUCGCUCCGGCAGAAGCAGACGGCGCCGUCACAGAGGCGCUGGCGGACAAAUACGAGCUGCUGACACAAGGAGACGGCGCUUGUUCAGACACUCAGGGCUGGAAGACCACCCAGCUGCUGUUCAGCCUCGGGGCGGUCUGUCUAGACAGCCGUAUCGGUCUGGAUUGGGCGUGCACCGUGGCAGACAUCUUACACACUCUUAACACCUGUCCUGAGUGGAGCACGGUCAUCGCUGCCUUCACUGACCACUGCAUCCAGCAGCUUCCCCAGACUCUAAAACGGACCAACCUUUUCACCCUGCUGGUGCUGGUGGGCUUCCCUGAGGUCCUCUGUGUGGGCACCCAGACGGUGUUCAUCGACAACGCCAACGAGCAGCAUAACAUGAUCCUGCUGAAACACUUCACAGAGAAGAACCACGCUGCAGUGGUAGACGUUAAGACACGCAAGAGGAAAACCGUGAAGGAUUACCAGCUUAUCCAGUCCCAGGAUUCAACGACAGCCAGUCUCCCAGCUCAGACAGGGAGUCAAAGCUGCCAAAAGACUCUUCUGAGUCGCUACCUGACCAAUUUCACCUCCAUAAUUGGUCAUUUAUUACAAGCGAACCAGGAUAACGGCUUUCCUGAUGCUGUGGAGGCUUCCUGGGUGCUUUCUCUGGCCCUCAAAGGUCUUUACAACACACUGAAGAAGCAUGGCGUGGAGCACGCACACGAGGCCAUCCAGCAGUCCGGGCUGACCCAGCUGCUCGUCAGGAAGUGCAGCAAAGGGACGGGCUUCAGCAAGCUGUGGCUGCUGCGAGACCUGGAGAUCCUCUCCAUCAUGCUGUACUCUUCCAAAAGGGAGAUUCACUCCAUGGCUCAGGACCCCGAGCGGGACCAAAGGGAGCAGGAGAAGGAGCACGACUCGGACCACUCCUGCGGCGGCGUAGACGAGGUCGACACCAACAAGCCCGACCCAUUGGAAGGCCUCGAUGAGGAGACGAAGAUUUGCUUCCUGAUCACCCAUGAUGCCUUAAAUGCUCCCCUGCCGAUUCUGCGAGCCAUGUAUGAGCUGCAGAUGAAGAGGACGGACUCCUUCUUCCUGGAGGUGCAGAAGAGGUUUGAUGGAGAAGAGAUCAAAACGGAUGAGAGCAUCAGGACUCUGGCUCAGAAAUGGCAGCCUUCCAGGAGGCCUCGCUCUGAGGAGAGAAACACCAAAGCUGUGGACACUGACAUGAUAGUGAUUUCCUGCAUGUCUAAACCCAGCCACUGUGAAAAGGCCACAGAGGAAAUCAAUGUUGUGGCCCAAAAGCUCAUCACCAAUUCAGAGAGCGACUUGCAGCUCAGCUACGCCAAACAGAGGCGCUCCAAAAGCUCCGCUCUCCUUCACAAGGAGCUGGACGUCCGCAGCAACCGGGCAGUUCGUCAAUACCUGGUGAAGGUCAACCAAGCCAUCGCCACACUUUACGCCCGCCACGUCCUGGCCUUGCUGCUGGCCGACUGGCCCGCGGAAGCGCCGCUGAGCGAGGAGGCGCUGGAGCUGAACGGGGCCUCUCAUAUGGCUUACAUCUUGGACAUGCUGAUGCAGCUGGAGGAGAGACCCCUCUGGGAGAAGAUUCUGCAGAGGGUGCUGAAGGGCUGCAGCCAGAGCAUGCUGUCCAGUCUGUCUCUCACCGCUUGCCAGUUCAUGGAAGAGCCGGGAAUGGCUGUACAGGUCAGAGAGUCCAAACACCCAUAUGACAACAACACCAACUUUGAGGACAAAGUGCACAUCCCUGGAGCCAUCUACCUGUCCGUGAAGUUUGACUCCCGCUGCUACACGGAGGAAGGCUGUGACGAGCUCAUCAUGUCCAGCAGCAGCGACUUCCUCCAGGACGUCCAUAACUUCAGCGGAUCUCCUCAGAAGUGGUCUGAUUUUGAGAUCCCUGGCGACACCCUUUACUACAGGUUUAUGUCUGACAUGAGCAACACAGAGUGGGGAUACAAGUUCACCGUGACGGGGGGCCACAGAGGGCGCUUCCAGACGGGGUUUGAGAUCCUAAAGCAAAUGUUAGCUGAUGUUCGGUUGCUCAGCCAUCUGCCGUUGGCUGACAUCUGGGAGUGGCAAGUGGGCGUGGCCUGUCGUCAGACUGGAAGCCAGCGACUUAAAGCCAUCCACCUGCUGCUCCGUCUGCUGCAGUGUCAGUGUGAAACAGCCUGCGAGCUAACGCUGCUGCGGCCGCUAUGGCAGCUCUUCAUGUCCAUGGAGAGCAACCUGAGUCAGGAUCCUACCAGUAUAUCGGUGCUGCUGCCUCUUCACAGAGCUCUCACUGAGCUCUUCUUCAUCGCAGAGGCCCGGGCCAUUAAUCAAGGAAUCCUUCAGGAAUACCUGCUGGCCAUGACCACUGAUGAGCAGCUCCUCAGCCACACUACAAUGGCUCUGAAAAACAUUGCUGCCAUCAGCCUGGCCAUCAACUACCCCAAUAAAUCCACUAGGCUACUCAACAUGGCCCAAUGAGAGGCUUCUCUGAAGGAAAAAGAAGACGGCGAGCAUCCUGCAGGGGACGCGUCCCGACUGGCCUCCUGGAGGAGAACCUCCCUCUCCAUCCAGCGGGACGAGAAACUGCAGCGCUGCAGAUAUGAGCGGAGGAGAGGACACUCACGGAGCACUUUCCACUAUUCUUUACAAUCCUGUUUGCCUUAGAGGAAUCGUUUAUCAGCAUGUGCUUUCACAGAUGUAGGGCAGUUUGUGGGGUUGGUUUAUUUUUAUUUUUUAACUGAUGCUCUCCUAAAUGACAUGAAGUGUGCCAAAUUAGCAUCCUUCAAGAGGAAGUACGUUCUGUAAUUUCCUUUCCUUUUCUCCCUCUCCUGUUUCUCAGAACAGCAGCCACUCUAGAUUAUAAAUUGAUCACGGUGAAAACGGGUCACCUUGGCAACUUCCAUGUCUCAGCAGACCCGUAGAGCAUCCUAAAAAUAAUGUCCAGGACAUUGGAGUCCAAUUAGUCACCACAGAGUUUACAACUGGCUUAGUUUCAUCUCAUUUGCCCAUUUUUGACAUUUCUUACUCUUUGUCUUGUAAUCCUUAAUCAGCUUUAAUUACAGAAAAAGAUGAUCGGACUGGACCUAAUCUGAUCUAAUCUAAUUUAAUCUAAUAUAAGACUAAUGACUCUGGUGCAGGGUGCUAAGCUAAAGUUUCUUGGUUUUCCCCUUAAGUGAGUUUUCACUUGCUUAAUCACAAGUUAAAUAAAACGAAAACAAAAAAGAAAACCUAACAGGUUGCUAACAAUGUUAGCGCCUGAUUCCCAGAUUUUCUUUGGGAGAAACUAAAUAAUGCAAUUUAAAAUUUGUAAAGUCUUGAAUUAUGUUAAAUUGAUUAAUUAAACAUAGAGCAAAUUAUUAAACAUUGAUUAUAGAUACUUUAAAGUGCAGUUAUAAAAAAAAUGAAACCUAAAUGAAAACCAUGCUAAUUGGAAUUAGGGAUCCAUUUGUUUAAAAACCUCUGCAUGCAUCCGGUUCUCCAUGGAUCCGUCACAGAGACACUGUUCUCUCAUUGUUUUUAUAUUUGAUCCACAUCGGUUGAUUCAAACCCAACUUUUUUUGAUCACAAUUGGAAAGAAAACUGCCAAAAACCGGCAAAACAAAGGCUUCAAAGAACUGUCUUCCGCCCACUCAUUGAUGCUGAAGAGAUGAAGCAGGAGUCUGUAAAAAAGCACGUAUGUACAGCACCAGAUCCUGCCCAACACAGGUACCAUGUAAUCUGACAUUUAGCAUCACUAACCUGGCACCUUAUUAACGCUGCCAUGCUCAUUUAGCUGCAUUUGUGAAUUUAUUCAACUGUUGGUUAAACAAAAAAACUAAACCUGAGCUGUAGUUUUAUGCCAAAGAACCUUAUCAUUGUGAGCCAUAAAUCAUCCCAGAAAGUGCGUCUGUGAUUGGCUGGAGCAGUGGACGCCUUGACACACCCUUUAGUUUCUUUUCCUCCUUGAUUCGCUUUCGAUUUCUUUUUAAGUUUCCUUCCCCUAAAAGAAAAAGGGCUGCAGGACGGCUCGGUGGUUUUGUUUACACAAACAUCAGCUGCAGUGAGGGGAGAAGAAGAAACGCCUCACCUAUUUAUGACGUGCCUACAGUUCAAAGUAAAGCAAUCACAAUUUCUCUCAUGUUAUUCUGUUUUAAAGAAGUAUAUUGUUUAAUUGAAGUUUUUUUUUCUAACUUUUUAGUUAUUUUGUUGCUUUCUGUUUUGCUACGAAACUUGAUUUAAAGCAAACUAAUUUGAAUGUAAAUACCUGUGAAUAUCAGUUGCACAGAAUAAGGACUUUAAUAACGAGCCCCGUUCAAAAAGAGAGAAGGAAACAUUUAUCCGGCAUUCAGCAAUGGACAUCUGGAAUCCCGCUUUGGAUGCACCUUGUUCCUCGAAGUGCUUGGGUUGAAAUGUGUUCCAUUUCUAAUAAAAACAGAAAUGAAUUAAAAAUAAUAAUAAAAAA